GAACGACGUGCCAGCUCAUUUCACGAUGACUACUAAAAAGAUCUUGAACUUCAAUAUCGGAGUUCUUGGCCAUAUCGACAGUGGAAAAACAUCACUUGCUAAAGCUUUAAGCUCCACUGCAUCCACAGCCUCAUUUGAUAAAAACCCUCAAAGUAAGGAACGCGGCAUAACUCUGGACCUCGGCUUUUCCUCGUUCCAAGUACCAAUCCCCGAGCACCUAAAGGAGCACGGAUUCGACAUCCUUCAGUUUACCCUCGUCGAUUGCCCGGGCCAUGCCUCUCUGAUCCGGACAAUCAUCGGAGGUGCUCAGAUUAUCGAUAUGAUGAUGCUUGUUGUCGAUGUUACCAAGGGAAUACAGACCCAGACUGCCGAGUGUCUUGUGAUUGGAGAAAUACUAUGCGAGAAGAUGAUCGUUGUGUUGAACAAGACUGACUUGUUAAAAGAAGAUAAAAAACAAGCUUUAAUCGAAAAGAUGACCAAGAAGCUUACCAAGACAUUGGAAAGCACCAAGUUUGCAGGUUCUCCAAUUUUACCAGUCUCAGCUAAGCCUGGCGGACCUGACUCCCCAGAUUUUGAACCUGUUGGAACACAGAUGCUAGUUGAUUUACUCUCAUCCUUGUCAUACCUUCCUAACAGAGAUCCUUCUGGACCACUGGUAUUUGCUGUUGACCACUGCUUCUCCAUUCGCGGUCAAGGCACCGUGAUGACAGGUACUAUUCUUAGUGGAAGUCUCAAAGUUAAUGAUACAAUUGAGAUCCCCUCGCUCAAGAUCACCAAGAAGGUCAAAUCCAUGCAAAUGUUCAAGGCUCCUGUCACAGAAGCUUCACAAGGUGAUAGAGUGGGCAUCUGCGUCACCCAAUUUGAUCCAAAGCUGUUGGAGAGAGGCCUAGUUUGUAGUCCUAGCACAGUACCCACUGUUUUUGCUGCAGUUGUUUCAGUUAAACCAAUAUCAUACUACAAAGGAACCAUCACUUCAAAAUCAAAGUUUCACAUAACAAUUGGUCAUGAAACUGUGAUGGGUACACUACAAGUGUUUGGCCUUCCUCCUGGCCAAUCAAUGGAUCCCACUGUACAAGAAGCCUUUGAUAUCUCUAGAGAGUACGUCUUUCAAGAAGAUGUAGUAGAUCAGUCAAAGAAAAGUUUAAGCACAGGUGGUAGUGAAAAUUCAGGUCCAGAAACCAAGCCUGUUUCACAUCAUCAGUGGCUUUUCAUUGAGUUUGAAAAACCUGUGACAUGCCCAGAACAUUCUCUUGUGAUUGGCUCACGUCUUGAUUCUGAUAUUCAUCUUAACGUCUGCAGAAUAGCUUUUCAUGGAAGAUUAUUACUCCCAGUGACUGAGAAGAACUUUAAGGAAACCCUCUUACCUCAACUUAAGAUUUACAAGAUCAAGGCGAAGCAAGGUGUUGUUGAGAGAAUGGCAGAUGAAUAUUCUGUCAUUGCUCAUUCUUUGUUUAAGAAAGAAACAAACAUUCAGAAUUUUGUGGGUAUGAAAGUGACCCUGUCGACUGGGGAACAAGGAAUGAUUGAAGGUGGUUUUGGUCAAAGUGGUAAGGUCAAGAUCAGAAUUGCUACAGGCUUGUCUCCUGAUACUGUUUCGAAACUUUCUUCUGGUGGAAAGAAAAAAGGUGGUGGGAAAAAUAAAGGAACCACUUCCGAAACUCCAAAUGAGGAAACAAAUUCUUCAGAGCAAGUGGCAAAACCUAUCAAAGUAACACUGGAGUUUAAGCGAUACAAUUAUGAUCCAAAAAAGAAAAUGAUUCAGUAAAGAGCUUUUUAAAACCCUGUGCACCCAAACAUUCAUAUUCUCCAUACUGUUCUGUUUACAUUUUGUAUGGUAUUGACAUGGAGAAUUUGAUUGACAAUCAGGAGCUUCUUAAAUUGGUGAUCAUUUACCUAAUUCUCAUGACCUUUACAUUUGAUUUAAGGGUGAUGCUUUAAGGAGAAAGCAGAAAUCAGUAACCCACACAUUGAUUAAAAGGAUAUCACUGAUCUAUGUGGAACAUCACAAUAAAUUUUAAUGUUAGUAGUUUUUACCAACUGUCAUAAUUCCCCUGUAUUCAUUGGGGAUUAAUUUUUUUGAAGCAUAGGUUUAAAUACCUCUGAGCUGCAAAUUAAAUCAUAAAAAGUGUGGGAAAGAAUUGCACCUUGCAUUACAAGCUCAAAGAUUCAUUGAGGUGAUAUCUGAAGGUUUUCUUGAGAGAAAAUUUGUUUUUUUGAUCACUUGUUCUAUCAGACAAUAGUUCCUUUAAAAUGCAUUUGUCUUUUACUGGGAAAAUAGUUCCACUGCAUUUAAGAUUAUCAAGGAAGGAAAGUGAUUGUCAAGUUUAACCAUUUAACUCCCCAAGAUCUGAUUGUUAUUUCUCCACUCUAGCUGCUACACAUUUCCUUGUAAAUUGGUUUCAAGAAUUUGCUGUUCAAUCAAGGUAAAAACUACCUGAUAAGUUGGAGUAUUCUCAUAACCUAUUUGCUGGGUAAUAUAUGGACAUUAUAGGGAGAAGUUUUAUGUUAAUCACUUCUGGGAGUUAUAGGUUUAAGAUUCCUAAUUUUUUCUUAGACCGUCGCUCCUAAGGGUAUCUUAUACACCACUCUUUCAAUAUCACAAAACUCCCAUCAGUGACCACGACAGAAUUUCUCUCUACAGUGUCAACACAAUUUCGAGCAGACAAGUGAUAAGAAUAUUUAGGUCUUAUUAACCGAGCAGGAGGUCUGCAUGGGAGAAUCUUGACCGAG